AUGAGCAUGCCCGCGUUGACAGUUGGGCCUGGGCUUCGGUGUAACAUUGACACAACUUGGUUUGCAAAGGUUGCAUGCCUUCUUUCCUCCGGCCUCCCUUACGCCGCCGAGAUCACACAUAUCCAGCGCCUGAACCCUGGGUGGAGGGCAACCUCAAUCAUCGAACUAUAUAUCUGGCUUAGUGUUGACCCUGGCUCUUUAUCAUCGAUAUAUACGAUACCCUCCGUUGCGGAGUACAUGGACGUGGCAGAGGGCGGAUUGGGUUCUGGUUACUGGGCAAAACCCAGACAUGAUGGGAAGCCAUUUGGCUUCGCAGCUGCCCUGAGCAGAGGCUGGGUGACAUCGAACUACCAAAAGUUCAACGACCUGGUAGCAUACAUCAGCGAUGUGCAAAACAUGGCGAUUGAGUCAUUUGGCGUCUUAUCAACAUGGAACGGUAUCUCUCGAGUUUAUCACUGUUUGACAUCACGCACAUCUGUUAUGCGCAAGGUGCACGCUCUUGAGAGACAGGAUCUCAUCGAAGAGAUGCGCAUUUCUUGCAUGGCAAGCGACAUUACAAGACUCCCAACGCUUCCACAGCUCAUGGGACCGCCAAGUCCACAUGAUUGUACGGUCGCGUACAUCGAGCUUGGAUCUGCGCCUCUAUGCGUUCUUCUUGGAGUCUCAACUGAACAGAAAGAUCGCUGGCUACUUCAAAACGAAACAUCAAGCCAACAUGCCUGUAUUCAUCUGGGAGUGCUCAACACCGUUGGCAAGUCUGAUGUUGGAACCCAGAUCGAGAAAGUUGUUUGUACAAAUAGCUUGGGAUGUCACAAUGCUCUCAAAGCCAUCGUGUCCCAAUGGCCCAUGCUCACUCAACAGGACAACAAGACAUGA